UCCACCUCCUCCUCCUCCUGCUGCUGGAUCAGACUACCAGGGCUAGAGCCCACCGCCUCAGUUUGUCCGUAGGAGGCUAACCGAUCCAACAUCCAGGAUGUUAGACAACGAAGAGUUCAUGCUGGAGACUUCCCCGCGGGAGCUCACCCAGAACCCGCUCAGGAAGAUCUGGAUGCCGUGCAGAAACGGGCACAUUGCGCAGAGACGUGUCUGUAUGACAAACUGCCCAACGCUUAUUGUGACAGUCGGACUUCCAGCCAGAGGGAAGACUUACAUUUCAAAGAAGCUCACACGCUACUUGAACUGGAUAGGCGUGCCAACGAAAGAGUUCAAUGUUGGCCAGUACAGGAGAGAGUGUCUGAAGAUCUACAAGUCCUUCGAGUUUUUCCGUCCAGAUAAUGAAGAGGGUUUAAAAAUCAGACGCCAGUGUGCGAUGGCAGCUCUUAAUGACGUUCGGCAGUACCUGAGUGUCGAAGGAGGACAGGUGGCGGUCUUUGAUGCCACAAAUACAACAAGAGAACGAAGAGGGACGAUCGUCAAGUUCGCUGAGCAAAAUGGAUUCAAGGUGUUUUUUGUGGAGUCUGUGUGUGAAGACCCAGAUGUCAUUGCACAAAAUAUAGUGCGAGUUAAGCUGGACAGCCCAGACUACAUCCACUGCAACACAGAGGAGGCCGUUGAGGACUUCAUGGAGAGGAUCAAGUGUUACGAGUCCUCCUACCAGCCUCUGGAUGAAGUUCUGGACAGGGAUCUGUCCUACAUUAAGAUCAUGGACGUAGGCCGCCGUUACCUGGUCAACCGCGUCCUCGACCACAUCCAGAGCCGAAUCGUCUACUACUUGAUGAACAUCCACAUCACACCACGCUCCAUCUACCUGUGUCGUCACGGUGAGAGCGACCUCAACAUCAAGGGUCGGAUUGGAGGAGACUCUGGCUUGUCUGGCAGAGGAAAAGAGUUUGCCAAAAGUCUGAGGAAGUUCAUCCAGGAGCAGAACAUUAAAGAUCUUAAAGUGUGGACCAGCCAGAUGAAGAGAACGAUCCAGACAGCCGAGUGCCUGGGAGUGCCGUACGAACAGUGGAAAUCUCUCAACGAAAUAGAUGCUGGUGUGUGUGAGGAAAUGAUGUACGAGGAGAUCCAGGAGCAUUACCCUCUGGAGUUUGCACUGAGAGAUCAAGACAAGUACCGCUACCGCUACCCUAAAGGAGAGUCUUAUGAAGACUUGGUGCAGCGCCUGGAGCCCGUGAUCAUGGAGCUGGAGAGACAGGAGAACAUUCUGGUCGUCUGUCACCAGGCCGUCAUGCGCUGUCUUCUCGCAUAUUUCCUGGACAAGACAGCAGAUGAGUUGCCUUAUCUUAAGUGCCCUUUGCACACAGUGUUGAAGUUAACCCCCAUGGCUUAUGGAUGUAAAGUUGAAUCUAUCUACUUAGGCGUGGACUCUGUGAACACACACAGAGAGAGACCAGAGCAGGUCUAGCAGUCGGUGCUGAUCCUUCCCUCUCUUCUUAUUGCACAGAGAAAGUAAAUCUUUCACACGAAGCCGUGUUCAGUCUCCGUCCACCAGUGAUCCCUGACAGCAACCAAGACAACUGUGACAUCAUAUAGCACUGACACCCGAGCCUACCUCCGUCCUAUCAGCAAUCUUUUUUUUUUUUAAUGACGUUUCUCAUUUUAUUUUUGUCUCUGUCGAGCAGAAUCAUGCUGUGAUUUUCUCUCAGUUCUGUUCUUAUGGCGGCCCUAAGAGUGCGAUACAGGAAGCGAGUGCAGAACAGUUGCAAGUCUCACAGAAAACAACAAAAAAUAGUUACUGGUACACUGAUGUAUGUAAACAUUCUGAUUGCAUGAUUCAGAAUUGAAUUGGUAAGCACGAGAUUAACGGCAAAUAUCUGAAUCAUCCCAACAGAACGUUUAUUUUCGAUGCGUACCCUGGAAACAAUAUUUUCUGUUGUGUUCUGUACGACUUGCAGCAUUUCGUUUUCUCACUUUUCCUCCUCAGUGUCGCACACACGUUCAGUCAGAUUGGUAAAGAUGUUUGCAGUGUGUUGAACUUUUAGGGUCGCCGGAUUCUCCUCAGUUUUACAUCUUUGUAUUAAUACAAGACUGGAAUCCAGUUUCAGGACAGAUCAUUCAGCUGUGUGUGUGUGUGUGUGUGUGUGUGUGUGUGUGUGUGUGUGUGUGUGUGUGUGUGUGUGUGUGUGUGUGUGUGUGUGUGUGUGUGUGUGUGUGUGUGUGUGUGUGUGUGUGUGAAUAUAGCAGGCACAUUUCAUAAUUGUGUUUAAAUAUGUAGAAUUGCACAUUGGGCAUUUUUUAUUAAUGAAUGUUACUCUGAUUGUUUUGUAUGAACAUAAAGCUAUUUACAUUAUAAACCUUUUUUUUUUUUAAUAUGCGCAUUGUAUACAAAUGACACAUGACAAAAACAUUUCACCUCAACAUAUAUUUGUGCUGCACAUCAAAUAACUACAGUAUUAUUUU